UCCGCGUCUAUAAAACUUAACCCUAGGCGUGUCUUCCCUUCUCAUUGUUCUGAUCCAUUGUUACGCUGUUCAUCCAUCUCCCCUCCCCGCGCCGCCUCCAACCUAGGGUUUCCUCCGUUGUCCUCUACAGCCGUCGCCAUGCCUCGCCGCAGCUCAGGAAGGUCUGCACCCCGCCCUGCUCCACGUGCUGCUCCAGUGAGAAACCCACCCCAGCCAGUCCGACAAGCUCCUCCUCCUGCUCCUACCCAGAGUGGUGGUGGUGGCAUCCUCAGCGGAAUUGGGUCUACUAUUGCUCAGGGCAUGGCUUUUGGUACUGGUAGUGCCGUGGCACACAGGGCUGUUGAUGCUGUAAUGGGUCCCCGUACCAUUCAGCAUGAGAAUGUGGUCUCUGAGGCUGUUGCAACCCCUGCUCCCAUGGGUAACACUGCUGGGUCUGGUUCAUGUGACAACCCUUCAAAGGCCUUCCAAGAUUGCAUAAACCACUACGGGAGCGACAUCAGCAAGUGCCAGUUCUACUUGGACAUGCUGAAUGAGUGCCGUCGUGGAGGAGCCGGUUCAACUCUUUAAGCUGUUUCUAUGCUGGAUUGGGGUCGUUCGGAACUUGUUUCUUCACUCGUGCUCGUGAUAUCUCAUAAAUAAUUGAUUGGCAAAAUGAUGAACUUGUGUCACAACUUAUGUCUAUUUGUUCGUGGCAUACUAUGCUGUCUUGAGAGUAUUUCCUUUUAUUAAUGUUGGAACUACCUUCAUGGCACUCGGAUUAUAUAUGUUGAUUGAACCUGCUGUCUUCGAGCUGAGAAAUUGAAUAUAGUUCUAAUUUUUUUCUGUGAA